AAACAAAAAGAAAAAAAAAUGGGUCGCCCAAUGAUUCAAUAUUUUUUGGAUCUACUGCUCCUUUGCAUCGGCGCCAACGCUAUGCACUUACGAGAGGGUCGAGAUUGUGGUGACCUAUUUGCGAUUAAUAGCACCUGCCUGCCUGCCAGCAGGUGCAAGGACCGACUAUAUGCGUACUUUGAACAGAAAAUACUGACACAGUCAAUGGUGGUGCAAUGUGGCAUGAAUGUUUUCGAAGAGCUUAUCUGCUGCCCCAGCAGCCCGCCUAACGAUCCCAAUACUGUCCUAGGAGUCGAAAUACCACACUACUCAACCACGUCCACACCCAUAGCCAGAACGAGGCCAAUUAGCCCAAUAAAGUCUCUGAACAAUGUGCAGCCCAUAGUACAUGCAGAGGCUGUUCGGGUAAAUAUAGGAGAUCUGAUGGCUCCCGAUGAAAGUUACAAGCAUUUGGCAGCCGUCGGCUAUCAUGAUGAGCACUACGAUGGUUUCGUGUAUAGGUGCACGGCUGUCAUACUGACAACCAAUAUUUUGGUCGUCUCAGCAAAAUGUAUAGGCACUGGUCGCGAUUUACCAAUACAAGUUGUGGUUGGAAAGGCGGAUUUGGGGCGAGGGCCAAUACGCAAUAAUGUAAUAAGGAUCAAGACACGACGCAGUUGGUUUAAUGAAACCGGCAUCCUGGUGCUUGAAAAACAUAUCGAGGCGAGUCAGUUGGCGGGCGUGGCAGAAAUUUGCAGCGCACGGGAACUUCAACGAAGUCCGCGAAUGCGCUCUAUCGGCUGGGGCUUUUCAAAAGUAAGGGAAACGAGAUGCUCUCUGUUUGAGAUGUCCAUGCAGCAAAUAGACAAAAGCUAUUGCGCCGAUCCCGCUAAAAAGGUGCCGAUCUAUCAACACCACUGCCUACAGCCCAAUGAGACCUUGACUGUGCAGCGCGAUGAUGGUUGCUCCAAGUGCCUUAGUGGCACUGGAAGCGUGCUCCACGUGGAGCGUCCGGAUAACAGUUUGUGCGUGGCUGCCAUUGCCACGCCCAGCUCAGUGGACUGCAAUGAGUCCACAGAGCCCCUAUACUACACUGUGUUGAAAAUGGCCCAACAAAUGUACUUGGUUUUCAUUAUCAGCAAAGAAUAAGUGGAACUUGCAUACAUUUACAUAAAGAAAGAUGGCCUAGACAAAUAAAUAUGUAUAAAUAAAUAAAUAUGUAUAAUAAAUAUAAAAGGCUGAGUCCAUAUUGACCAAA